AUGCAUACUUUCUCGCCCAACACCAGUCGACCACAAACACCGAAACCGCUGGUGAAAGUCCCAAAUAAACCACAGUUUAUCCGGCCCCACUCCACAAUCCCAUUUCCCAUCCCACUCUCUCAAUCAUCCAAAGCAAAUCAUCCACGACGAAGAGCAUUCUCUUUCUUCCCUUUCUUAUUCAGCACUCGGCGAAAGGCAUCCAAGUCAACAAUUACACCUUCCUCCUCCUCUGCAUACCCAUCAUCCCAAAAUACCUCUGACACCCAAAUCGACAUCCCGCGUGUUCGCCAACUCGACAAAGCUACGCGAAUGCUCGGGGAAAGAAUCCCUCCGGAGCUUGUCCUAGGGCCGCCCAAGAGUCCUCAGCACUGCAUCAAACCAAGCGUUCCCCUUCGAACGCGUAGCUCAUCGCCGUCACUAUUUCCCCCGACUUCUCGGUCCACCCCAGAGCCCCGACAUAAACGCAGCUAUCUCAAUAUAGUCCGUUCCAGUCCGCAGCUCCCAGAACCGGACCAAUCUCCCAAUAUGUCUAGGCCGUCAUCUAGGACUUCAACGGAAGAAGAAACAAGUCGUUACCUGAAAACGUUUGCCAAGACUCCGCCACCUGGAACCCCGUUUAUCGGCAGUGCAGUGGAAUCAGAAUCAGAUUCGUAUGUAGGAUCUAGGAAGAAGUGGCAGCAGAGCUGGAGUGGCGAGUGGAACGUAAAGAACAUGGAUGAGGUCAUUGGAAAGCUGCGCCAUUUACGUUGA